CUCGAACUCCAGUGCAUGCUGGGCCGGUGGAGCGGUGUCCUUGGUCGGCGAUCGAUUCAUUCGUCGUUAAAACUUCAAGUCGUUCCUAAACCUAUGGGCUCUUCUAUCCCCUCGUCGCAUCAGGCAGCGCCGCGUCGUGUGGUGUCAUUGCUUCCUUCCGCGACGGAGCAUUUCGCAGCACUUGUCUCUGCGGCAGCUCGCCUAGGGCACACGACGUUGCCGGAGUUGGUCGGGCGGUCACAUGAAUGCGACUUUCCCCCAUCCUACGCGUCCAUUCCUGUACUCACCAAGCCACGGACAACAUUUACGUCUUGCGAGGACACGCACAACCAAGUGCUAAACCUGCUGCAGUCGGACGGCUCGCUGUAUGAGAUCGACGCCGACCUUCUCACGCAACUUGCGCCCGAUCUCAUUCUCGUCCAAGAUGUGUGCAAUGUGUGCUCGAUCGACCGGCCGAGCGUGUCGUGUGCGAUGGCGUCGAAUGCCACCACUGAAAUCCUCCUCAUCAACAGUCGAACGCUGACCAACGCCCUCGAGGACUCUGUGCGUCUCUUAGGCAAGGCACUUCACUUGGACGACGCCGCGGAGGCCGUCGUGGCGUUCAACCGAGCUCGCCAGACCUCCUUGACCAAAGCUCCGUCGUCGGCACGUCGUCCGAUCGUCUACAUCAUCGAAUGGAUGGAACCGCUGUUCCUCGCCAAGGGGUGGGCCGAUGAAAUGGUUGCGUUGGUCGGUGGGAAGUCACCCGUGUCGACGGGGCGUAUCGCAGACCCCUCCGUUCUCGAGCCACCGGACUUGAUUGUGGUGGCGCUGUGUGGACUCGAUCGCGCGACCUCGGCCAAGGAGCUUCGCUCCAAGCCUUUUCCAUCGUGGUGGCGCGCCUCGCCCGCCGUGAAAGCAGGACACGUCUACGUUGUCGACGGCAAUCAAAUGUUUAACCGCCCGACGAAUCGCCUUCUCGACGCGAUGGAGUGGCUCGGCGUGGUGGUGGCAAAUCCCGCUGCGUACGACUCGAUCGAGGGAUUUCCGGUGGAAGCGUUCGACUCACUGGACGCCGGUGCCCCCCCCGAGAUGUCUGCGAUCGAGGCCGCAAUCUUUGCAGCUCACGCAGCCGCGUGUGCGGCCAACGAAGCUCGGUACAAUGACCCUGCGACCGGCUACGGCGUCUUUACGGCCAAGUACUUGAUGGAUCGGCAAGCGUGCUGCGGCAAUCGGUGCCGCCACUGCCCGUACGGCCACGCGAACGUUCCUCUUGAGCAAUUGCACUUGAUCAAGACGAAGAACACGUUGACGUCGUCGGUGUUUCUGCGGGCGCCCAAGCCAUCGGCAACGGGCUGCCUCGGCUACCGCAACCCGAAGCCCGUCCACGGCGAAUUGCGCGAUGCCGUCGUUGUGUUUUGGAGUGGAGGCAAGGACUCGUUGUUGGCCUUGGUCGACACGAUCGAAGCACUGAACAGCGCACGCGAGGACAUCGUGCUGUUGACCACAUUCAACCCGAAUGAAGAGGUCGUCCCGGUGCAGAACAUUGACACCCGCACGGUCGUGGCCCAGGCGAACGCGAUGAACCUCCCGCUCUUCCUCGUGGCGAUCCCGACGGGAAGCAACUACAAGGAGCUCGUCGACGACGCGCUCCGCGAAAUCCCCCGCGUUCGCAUGCCUCAUAUCCGCCAGAUCAAAGCCCUCGUCGUGGGGGAUCUGCAUCUGCAAGAUGUCCACGACUGGCGCGUCGCGGCGUUCCCAGAAUAUGAAAUUCGGAGUCCGUUGUGGCGGCGGGACAUGCACUCCGAUCUCUUGCCCCGACUCGGUACACUCUGUGACAAAUACAACGCGACUGUGCGAUACUCGGCCGUGGACCGCGAUCGGAUGCCGCCGUCGAUCCAAGAAGGCGACACGUACGACCCGACCCUUGUCCCUGCAACUGUUGAUGUCAUGGGCGAAAACGGAGAGUUCCACACGGUGGUGCACUUUGGCUAGAUAGAAGCCGUCGAACAAGAGUCGAUGAGUCGUUGUUGGCGAUGGCAGCAUGCACAGACUGCUCGGGUACCAGUCGGGAAAGAUGUGCCGCUCCUACGUCUGGUGGUCGCCAUAUCAUGAAGUCCCCCUGAUCAUGCAACGUAGUGUGGUCCCGAUCGUGCACUGGGUCCCUGCACCGCGACGGAGCUUGGGUGGUUUCUCGUGAUAGGGGAACAAGUUUCUCGCGGCCAGAGU